CUGCAGUUGUUCCUACUGUACCAUAGUCCAUCUCUGUCCUCAUGGUUCCUCACCCAGAGGUGGUGACACCCUAUCAAAACCUGUCUGACCGGUAUCGGGAUGUUGAGAUACUCGCGCCAAUGGUCCGAGCAUGCACCCUUCCUCUACGGAGACUGACUGCGAAUUACGGUGCCGACCUGGUGUACUCCGAGGAGAUCAUUGAUCAGAAGAUAUACAGCUCGAAGCGAGUCUGGGACCCGUACUUCAACACAUGGGACUACAUCUCACAAAGGGACAACUCCCUGGUUUUCCAGACAGCUGAGGAGGAAAAGCCGAAGCUCAUCUUUCAAAUGGGCACCAAUAGCGGCCCAGGGGCUCAGAAGGCGGCCAUGGCCCUGUUGCAGGAUGUGGCCGGAUUUGAUGUCAACAUGGGCUGUCCCAAGUCCUUCAGUAUCAAAGGGGGCAUGGGGUCGGCCCUUUUGAAGAAGCCCGAGGUAGCAGUGGACAUCCUCAAGACGUUGCGACGGACCGUGCCCGAGACGAUGCCGGUGACCUGUAAAGUGCGGCUUAUAUGUGACACACAGCAGCCCACCGAGGAGGAGCUUCAAGACGCCACAAAAAGGACCAGCGAAUUCAUAAAGGGAUGCUCGGAUGCCGGGGCCUGUGCGGUGGCUUUGCACACUCGGACCAUCCCUAUGCGGCCGCGGAACCCCGCUAUCUGGCCGACAUUUGCCCAAGUACAGCGGCUGUGCCCGGAUGUGUUACUCAUCCCUAAUGGGGACUUUUUCGAUCGCAAGGCUAUUGAGGCCUUCCGAGCCCUCAUGGACCAGACCGGCGUGCCGUGGUCGAACAGCUUCAUGAUCGCUCGAGGGGGCCUCUAUAAUCCCCAGAUGUUCGACAAGACAGGUGCGAGCAUGUUGUUGCCGAAACGGCAGGUGUUGCAGGAGUAUAUGAGGCUUGCUACACAAUACGGCAGCCCGUAUCAGAACACUAAGUGGGUAUUGGCACAACUUCUCACCAACGACACCAUGUAUGAGGGCCAACCAGUGAAGGUCAUUCAGCAGACUAUCAGUCGCUGCAAGUCCCACGAAGCGCUUUGUAACGCUCUGGGUGUAGCUGAUUUUGAUAAGGAAGCCUACCAUCCCAAGGCCCAUACUGUGAACUUCUACAAGGAGGUCAUCGCCCCUCUGUCGACUGAGGAACCAGCGAAGAGUAAACGACCACUUGAGAGCACCGUUGAUGGUGAUGAGCUGCAGCUGAAGCAGGGCAAAAGGCCGAAACCCGGGGGUCCCGAAGUCGCAUGAUCGUUUAUGAGUGCAUCCCUUGCCAACACCACACUGCCUUCUCUGUUACAACGUCAAUAGCUGUGUUUCCAGCAGUAAUAUCUCC